GUAUUAUUUCUGUGAUUGAAUCAGCCAUCAGUAACACGAGCAUCUCUUAAUGAAUCCAUUAGGAUCAAUAGAUAUACAACACAUAUUAUCAUAGAUAGGCGGAGCUUAAUGUAGAAUAGAGCAGAAGAGCUCAAAGAGGCUUGAUACACCUACUUAUAGAUCAUUAAAUUCAAACCACAUACAACAAUGAUCUUCAUCUGCUCUGUUUUAACAUUUGUCUUGAGUUAUGGUGAAGCUAAUAAGAGUCCUAUCAGUUCAGAUAAACCAUAUGUGUCUUUAAACGAAGGCAGUAAUGCUACUCUAUCCUGUACCUUCGAUGAAUCAGCUUACCGUCUCCACUGGUAUCGACAGAAGACCGGAUCGAAGUUAGAGUUUUUGCUGCUAAUUGAUAAAUCCACCAAAGUUGUAGUGGCAGCUAGUCCACCUCUUCCGCAUAUGUCCACUAGCAUCCAUAAUAACAAUCGUGUGGAUCUGGAGAUCUCCUCUGCUGCUGUAUCAGACUCUGCUCUUUACUACUGUGCUCUGCAGACCACAGUGAUAGGAAAGCUUGUAACACAUUAUAAAGACUAUACGGGUACUGUAAAUAAUUUACAAUGGUACAGACAAUAUCCCAGAUCCAAACCGGAGUUCCUCCUUUACAUCUUCCAACAUGGAGCUAUGAGUGAAGACAGACCACCCAGAUUUUCUGCUGCAGUUAAUCAAGACAACAAACAAGUGGAUCUGGAGAUCUCCUCUGCUGUAGAGACAGAUUCUGCCAUGUACUACUGUGCCCUGGUGCCCACAGUGACAGGAAACCCACCUGCUCCGUACAAAAACUUAAUACCUUAA